AUGUUCAUUAACUUUAUUGGAUGUGACAUAAUCACUAGAUUCAAGUUAUGUGAUGCCAUUCUCAUCAACAAAGGAUUCACUCCUGAAUUUUUAGCCCUCCAUAGGACGUGGAGAUACUUGGGAAACCCCAGUGAAACAGAGGUGGAGAAUGCCCUCACUCAAUUAGAUACUGAGUUCAAAAAUGAACCUGAAAACCUCAAUGAAAAUAAUUCCAAUUCAGAAGUUGAUUCGAUUACCAUGACCGAACCCUCAAAAGAUGGAGAGCAAAUACUUAAAAUCGAGGGGCUGGUGAACUUGGCAAACAAUAAUAACUAUUUAGAAGAAGAAAGAGAAAAACAUACCACAAAAACUGACGACUCGCAUGAUGCGAACUUACCUGACGAAAAUUUGAUUAAAAAUUGUCAAAAUAAAAAUCAGAAAAGACCGGAAAACUACGGUCUUGCGAUUAUAUUCACUUCAGACUCUAUAAUGGUUAAAUGUGAAAAACUUCUAAACUCAGCUUACCAUCAACAAUUACAAGCCUUAGAAAUGAGCCUUCUAAGGGUAGAACUCAAAAGGUUCAUUGUAAAAUUGAAACACUUUAAACCAGUUAUAUCGGCAGCAGAUUUUUUCGAAAUAAAAAGGAUUACCAUAUUGAAUUUGAUCAUCGGCAUCACCACUUAUUCUAUUAUCAUGCUUCAGCUUGGAGAUACCAAAUUCAAGGAUAACCUUAAGGUUAAAUUAUCUAGUAAGCCUUGAAAGUAAAGGCAUUACCAUGAUGACAACAACUAUGAUGGAUGCAUCAUAAUAAUAAUGUUUAUUUUG